UUUCAAACUGUGCAGUCCAUUUUGGUGGGAAGUGCGCAAUAUAAAUGAUAUAAAUACGUAACUGAGUAUUUACCUCUUACCCAUUAAAGAGAAAAUGGCUAAGCGUGUAUAUGUUGAGCAGCCGGCGGGGCAGGCAGAGCGUUGUUUUGUUUUUUAUUUUAUUUUAAUUUUUCCGAAUAUGUAAUCGAAAAAAGCUGCAAACUUUGUACUUCAGCACAGGUCGACACAAAUAAUUUAGAAUGCAUAAAAUUCCGGUAUUUCUUCAACAGGAUCGAGGCUUCAUAUACAAUGUUGACGAUUACUUGGAACUUCGUUAUACUCAUCGUAUUGUUGGAUGUUUGAUUGGAGUACCGGUUUCUAAAUCAAGGAAUGUCAAUAUUUCUGCUCUGCCAGCUGUACUUUCGCGGUAUGAAAUGAAACUGGCAAUCGAAAAACAAAUAAUUACAGUACACAACCGAACGGCCGAACUUAUGCAGAGUCCGAAGGAGAAGAAUAAGUCCAGCUAUCACAAUCUGAUCGAAAAACAAGCUUCUGAACAACGUGCACCUUAUGUUGAAAAAAGACUUUCUGAGUUUAAGAAACUAUUACCGCAAAUAAUUGAAGGAAAGCGAAAAAAGUUUUUGAAAGCCGGAAGCAAAGAUUCAGACAUUCAUAUUGACCCCGCUACUCUGAUAUUCGAAGAAAAACAAAAAAUAGAAACAGCGGCCAUCACUCGAUUAAUUCAAAUACCAAUGAAGCACCCAAUUUUAAAAGAACCUUCAUCUACGACUUUGCUUUUAUCGGCUGGAGAACAAGUUAAAUACAAAGUGUUCAAGGAUAUUUGGGAAAAACAAAAAAUGUACAUUACGGGAGGCGAUACCUUCGGAUGUGAUUUUCUACUUUAUCCUGGAGACCCACUUUACUAUCAUGCCUCACAUAUGGUUCAUGUUCUUAAAAACUCCAAUCUCAAAACGAAUUUAAAAUACUUAAUACGAUGCUGCCGCUUAUCCGUUGUGGUUAAUAAAGUCUGUGUCUUUGCGUACGAAAAUUGUCAGGGUACAAUUUGCUAUCAAACUAUGGAAUGGGAGGGAAAUACCUUUUGUAUUACAUGAACAAUUACAUCAGAAAACUGAAUUAUAUUUUUGAGCUACAAUUACUACAGAAAAAAAAAUUAUUUUUUUAAGCUCAUUUAUAAAAUCGUUACUAUGUGAACAUA